AUGCCCGGAGGAUUCCCCACGGAGGGGGGACCUACAGGACCAGGAAAUGCAUACCAGGAAGCGCAACAAGCUCCUCAUAUAUCUGGGAGACAAGCUGGAGUAAUAGCAAUGUCAGCACUCUUACAGAUUCCGUUACUGAUUUUGUACUAUUCCCUUACAGGUAUUAUAUUGCUUCUGGGCCUGAUUAAACCAGUGUUCAAUUUUGCGAACAUGUACAACAGGAAACAUAAAUCAGUACACGAUCAUGCUACAGAGUCCACGAGACUUUUAGAGGAACUGUCGUCACAGUCGGUCCCAAGUACGGAAGGCGCCUUCACAUUUGGGUCUGUUUAUAAUUCAGAAUCCAGUGUGAUACCGAGUAAUCUAGUACAGCAGUGUUACACAGACCUGCUAGAGCAAUGCAUCAGUCAGAUAAAAUUUGGGCUUAUAUAUAUCCACGAUCCACUAGUGCCCAAUCGAAUGGAAUUUGUGGAGAAAAUUUUAUGCUCUGAACCCUUUAUCAACGCUGUUCAGACAUAUCAAAUAUUCCUUUGGUUUGGUGACAUUACCACUCCGGAGGGUUUACAGGUCGCGAACUCCUUGAAAAUAAGACACAUGCCCUUCAUUGGUGUUCUAUCGAUGAAAGACAAUACGAGGAUGGAAUUGAUAGGGAAAUAUGAAGGGUCGCUGGAGGGAUAUACCGCCCAGAAAUUUGAUGCCAUCCUAGCGAAAGCGUAUCCUCAGCUAGUCAAACUGGCCCAGAAAAGGCAAAACAGAGAAAUGGAAAGGUUAAUCAGGGAGCAACAGGAUUCAAGAUUUAGGGAAUCUUUGAGACAUGAUCAGGAGAGGGACCGCCAAAGAAACGAAGCCGAAGAAAGAGCGCAGAAUGAGAUCCAAGAAAGAACCCUCAAACGGCAAUGGCUACUCUGGAGAAAAGCCAAUUUAGAGCCAGAGCCCACAAGGGGAUUGUAUAAUGAUGCUUGCCGUGUUGCCAUUCGUUUAGGUGACAAUAGUAGAAUAACCCGCAGCUUUUCGGCCACAUUACCAAUCGAAGAGAUAUACGCCUUUGUUGAACUCAAAAUGAACAACCUUUUGGACUCCCCUGAGGAAGACGACAAUGUGAGCGAACCCCCAACAAACUACAGACAUCGCUACAGUUUUCGACUGAUAUCCCCGGCGCCCAGGCAAGAGUUAGACCCUGAGGCUAGGAUCAAGGAUGAACCUGCCAUCUAUCCAUCAGGUACGGUAUUAUUCGAGGCUUUGGAUGAUGAUGCUUAG